AGUAAAGAAAUGGCAUCUGGAAACCAAAGCUCAGUUACUGAAUUCAUUCUCAGUGGACUCUCUCACUCAUAUAAACUCCAAGUUACCUUUUUUACCCUUUUUCUGAUUUUGUACUUGAUGACUUUGUCUGGUAAUUUUAUCAUUAUGACUGCUGUAUAUAUAGACCCACGCAUUCGUUCACCAAUGUAUUUCUUUCUCAGCAAUUUGUCCUUCCUAGACAUGUGCUACUCUACUGUCACCCUACCCAAGAUGCUUAGCAAUGUCUUUUCUGAGACCAAGAGCAUCACCUUCAACCAUUGCAUGUCUCAGCUCUUUUUUCUUCAUUUAUUUGGUGGUACAGAGUGCUUCUUGCUGACUGCUAUGGCUUAUGAUCGUUAUGUAGCCAUUUGUAACCCUCUCAUGUAUCAUAUUGUCAUGAACCACAGGUUUUGUCAUCGACUCAUUGCAUACACCUGGUUGGCUGGUUUCCUACACUCGUUUACACAGGCAUUUCUUACCUACCAGUUGCAUUUUUGUGGUCCUAACAAGAUAAACCAUUUCUUUUGUGAUGUUCAUCCACUGUCUGCAUUGGCUUGUUCUGACACAUUCUUUAUUGAUAUCUUCAUUGUGGCCAACAGUGGGAUGAUUUCACUUGGAUGCUUUGUAGUGCUUUUGUUCUCCUACCUUGGAAUUAUUACAACUAUCUUAAAGAUUCAGUCUCCAGAAGGGAGGAGGAAGGCUUUCUCAACAUGUGGUUCCCAUAUCAUGGUUGUCACAUUUUUCUUUGGUCCUUGUGUUUUUAUAUACAUGAGACCACCUGUAAAUUACUCAGUAGAUAAGGUGGUGUCUGUACUUUACACAGUUUUGACUCCCUUUCUAAACCCCACUAUUUACACACUAAGAAAUCAAGAUAUGAAAAAUGCUCUAAAGAAACUUGUAGAAGUGAAAGUGUCCUCCAAAUCAGCAAUUCACAAUAAAGUUAAGGACAUACAUAAAGAUCCAGAUUAA